AUUAUCCUGAUAUCAGCUGAUUGGGUUGAUAUUCACAGUUUUAUUUAUUAAACAUUAAACUUUAAACAGUGUGUAAUAGCACAAUAUAAUGCAUCCAAUAAAUCAAUCUGUGAAAUUUCAGAAAGGGAGAACUCAAAUUCAGAUCAAAUUGAUGGCUAUAAAAUUUCAGGAUGUGCAGAUGACAAUUCCAGAACAGAAGAAAUAAAAUAGUAAUUAAAUAAGUUGGCGACUUUUUCCCAGUUACAGACUUAAUUGUUUACUACAAGGUUUUUGGAUCAGUGUGAGCAGAAACAGUUAACAAACACGUAUAGUUGCAGAUGGUUCAGGAUAAGAUCUCUUGCUGUGCAGCAAUGCUGAACACGCUGAAAUAGGGAAGAAGUCACGUCUGUCAGAUUCAACCUGACAGGUUAUACCAGGAGUAACAGUGUGUGGGUGGAACGUCGGGUUCUUCAGAAAACUUCAGGAAGCUCAGCUUCAGUUGUUGCUGGUAUCUCAGCAGCAGAAACAAUGGACUUCAUCAUGGAAUAUUUUAAUGGUUCUGAAUCUUCUGAUUCUGGGCCACCUCAGAAUAUAGAAGAGAACAAGACUAGCAAAUGGGCGGAUAUUUUUUCUCUUUUCGGUCCAGUGUUGUUUCUCCUCGACAUUGCUCUAGAUAUCCGAACUGCAGUGGGACUGUACAACCAGAAGAACUACUUCAGCCUGGCUAUUCUGGUGGUGCUGCUCAUAAGCUCGACCGUCCUUGUGAACAUUUAUAGCUGGAUCUGGUACAACGAUAAAAAGUUUGAUGGUGCUAAGACUAAACUGGAAAAAGUCCUGAAACCCUGGUUCACAGUUCUGCACUUCUUCACACUAGGAAUCCUCAUCAGGCAUUUGGCCGCUGCAUCCAUUUCAUUGAAAAACCUUCGCUCCAAGAACCCUCCUGCGGGGAACGAGGAAGGAACCACGAACCAGGGGGAUUCAGCCACUCCGUGUUUUUCACCGGAAAUCAGCAGCCAUGAUGAACCAGAGCUGGAGAAGACAACCCCGUACCUGUGGUACAACCUGAGGACUCUGCAGAUCAUCGAGUCCUACACUGAAAGCGCUCCUCAGAUCGUCCUGAUGUUCACCAUCACCCUGAGGGACGAAUGCUGGAUACUAAAUUACUAUACAGGUGCAAAGAUCCUCGUCUCAGUAGUGAGCAUCAUCUAUUCUGAGUUCAAAUACUAUGAACCAGUACUUGAGAAAACCAGUUGCUCUUUGAUCCAGGUGAUUCCUUACUUAUCCUGGAAGCUGCCCCUUCUUGCAAGUCGCCUCUCCGCCCUCGCCCUCUUCGCCUCGGUGGAGCCCUGCUUCAUCUUCACUCACUUCAUCUGCUCCUGGCUGGUGUUAUUCUUCGUGGCCACCUGCUCCCAGACAGAAUUAAUGGAGAAAGGGGGAAGGGGGGAGUGGCUUUUCCGGGCCACCUUGGGUGUCAUGUGGUACUUCACCUGGUUCAGUGGGGGGGUGAAGGGGCAAACGGGUAAAAGGAUGUGGCUGUACCACUUCUGCAUGCUGCUGGACAUCAUUCUCCUCUCUGGAUUGUGGUACUGGAGAAUGAUCUCAGAUCCUCCUCACUUUGAACUCUCUCCUUUGAAAGUUCUCAUCCUAACAGUAAGUGUGGCCAUUUUGUCUCAGAUUGGAGCGAUGAAUAGGGCCGUUCAUUUAACCAUCCUCCAAAACGUAGCAGAUGAACGGGAUGAGAAGCAGGAGAAACUAUUUGAAUUAGACGAUUCAGAUUCACCAUGCGAUCCCAAAAGGAUGAUGAUAUUGUGUAAACAUUUCUGCUAAGAUAAGAUAAGAUAGUCUUUAUUGAUCUCACAUUGGAAAAAUUCACUUGUCACAUCGGCUCAAUAGUCAGGAGUAAGAAAAGGUGCAUCAGUUGUAUUCACUGCAUCUUCCUACAUACAGUGGAUCAAUAAGAAAAUGAAAAAAAAAAAGAAUAAAAAUACUAAAGAAAUCGGAGUAGGCAGAUGAUGUCUUGUGUA